AUGGCUGACACUGCUGCGACUGCUGCGACUGCUGCGACUGUGACUGCGUCUGCUUCUUCGGCAGCUCCUGCGACUGCGGCGACCCCGGCCGCAGCUGCGGCUCCGGUGGCCGUGGCUGCUGCAGGCCAGCAGGGCUACGUGGCUCCGGGCAUGAACAUGUACGGCCAGCAGAGCUACAUGAGCCCCGGUGGCUACAUGGGCCAGGGUCAGUUCGGGCAGCCUGGAUAUGCGGGGAUGGGCAUGCCUGGGCAGCCGGGAUACCCGGGACAGCCUGGCAUGCCUGGCCAGCCUGGAAUGCCACCGCAAGACAUGCAGCCUCAAUUCAAUUUCCGCACCACGGUGCGAUGCUUCAUGGAGAUCGCCGCCAUCAUCCAAGGCUUCUCCCUGAUCUUGAUGAUGGGAAAUGGCUGGGUCCAGGAGAUGGGCUCCAACGAGGAGCAGCCCUUGAGGCGCUUCGCGGUGUGGAUAGGCAGCUCCUUGCGUGGAAUCUUUUCUUCCCUGUUGCCAUUCUUGGCCAAGCGCAAGAAUCGCUCAAUGGAGGAGAUUUGGGACAUGGAGACGACUCCGAAGAUGCCGACACGUUGGUGGGUUGUUCUGGGUUGGAUCUACUUCGCUGCUUCCUUCCUUCAGGAGUGGAAUGCUUACCAACGUGCGCGGAAUCGGCCUGUCAGUCUCUCUACAAGCGCCGUUCUCCAGCGACCUUCAGGGCCAAAGGCUGUGGCGGCAGAGGGCGAUGCUGCGGGCGGCGCUGGGGGCAAAGGGAGCAACAUCGUGGACUUCUAUUUGCAGAAACAGCAGGAGAUGUACCGGCAGAAGCAGGGCUCCCAACCAGGAGCUGCUUCCACCGGCACAGGCGGAUACGCUCUGCAGAGAACUGCAGCGUCCGUUGCGUCGCCCGCAGACCCAGCUCCUGGAGGGGCCGACGUGGACAAAGGCUUGAGGCUCAUCGGCAGACGGGAGGCCCUGCAGCUGGCUCAAAAUAGAGACGGGCCUCCUCCUGCUUCGGCGGCUAUAACGCCGGUUAUGGACGGAGGCCGGAUCCCAUCCGACUCGGCCUUUUGGUCCUCCGUGCAUGUGACAGCGAUGGCAAGGCAGAACCCGGAUUUCGAGCCGGCGUCCUCCAGCUUUCUCAGGAAUGCUCCAAGGAACCUGCCAAGUGCCUUGGCACGCAAGGGCAUGCGGCGCUCACAAGAAGACUGUGUCCCGCUUGACUGCUACACAGGUAAGGAUUUUGCAACCGGUCUCGAGAAGGUCAUGGGCGUUGCGCUGAAUGGUGAGAGCGACAUGCGAACACUCAAUACCUCCCUGGUUCUCGGCACUGUGGGUGCUGCAGGAGUGAUCUUUGCAUUUGCAGCACUGCAAGUUCUCCUCCCACAAGUUUACCAGAGAUCGUCCAAAGGCAAAUCGAUCAAAGACACCGAUGCCACGGAAGAGUACCACCUUCAGGUGCCCACAGGGAUGCGCUGGCUGGACUCUUUGUGGAAGGUGUGGAACACGACGCCGGAUGACGAAGUCCGCUUGGCCGGACUUGAUGGCUGGUCACUGCUGGAGUUCGUGCGGCUCAACCUUCGCAUCAUGUCGAUCCUGGGCCCCUUCAUGCUGGCGGUGCUGCUUCCGCUACACUUCGUAGCCAGCCGUGAGUCCCAUAACACCCUGGACUUCUUGAGCCGGCUGGACAUUGGUAACCUGCCCAGGAACAGCUGGAUGCUCUGGUUCCACGCAGCUGUGGUGUGGUUCGUGGUGACAAUUAGCGCCUGGCAGCGGAUCAAGCUGGCACAUGAUGGGUUCACCGAGCGCCGCUAUCAAUGGCUGGCAACGCUGCCUAGGCGUGACCAGGGUGACGAGCUUAUCAGUGAGUUUUCAUGGAUGACAGCCGUCAAGGUGAGGCAGCAGGGGGCAACCGAGGAUGGGGGCCAGGAGCUGGAGCUGGAGAAGCACAGGAGCCGCGUUGCGCGGGAGCAAGCGGCCAUCGAAGCGGCGGCGCAGGGCCCACGGCCGGACCAGAAGGUGCCGUUGCAUCCACCGUCUCAUGAGGAAUUCGACGACAAGACUGUGGCAAGGAUGUCGGGUCUAGCGGGCAUUCGGGCGAGUAGGCUCUUCUUCUGGCUUUGUGACCUUCACGACCAUCCUGUCGCAACGCCUUGCGUCCCGGGAGUGCUGCGGCCGCGCAUCAGGUUUAUGGCCCCGGACUCGCACGAUGUUCUCUACGAAAACUUAGCAGAGGACGACAUCAAUGCAUCCUCCUGGAAAUGGCUCGGUAGACUUGCCCUAGUCGCAGUGUUCCUGUUCUGGAUUCCCAUCGUGGUGGCCAUUUCUGGAUGGACCACUCUGAGCUCAAUCCAGGGCACGGUGCCCAUCGUCAAAAAGUUUGUGGAUGCCCACCCUGCUAUCGGCAACUUGCUCUCCGGCGUUCUGGCGACAGCGGCCUUGAAGAUGUUCAUGGCCUUCCUUCCGAACGUGCUGCAUGCCAUCAUCACCACUACUUCCCAUCUUAAAGCUGGCAGUGUUGAGCAGCUGAAGCUGCAGCAGUGGUCUGCAGCCUUCCUCCUGCUUUUCGUGGUCCUGGUGACCUCCUUGGGACGAGGACUUACCAUCACGUUCAUCAUCAUCAUGCAGGAGCCGGCGAAGAUCAUCAGCCUGCUCGCUGCUUCGCUGCCCUCGGCUUCCCACUUUUACUUCAACUAUGUGAUCCUGGGAUGGCUGGUGCUUCCGCUGGAUCUGCUCCGCACCGGAAACCUGGCAAAGUGGUUUUUCUACCGCAAGGUUUGUGCCUUUGAGGAGGAGGAAGCCAAAGAGUACUCUGAGCCGGAGGAUGUAGCCUACUAUGGCUUAGGCUCCAGAAUGGCCCGAUCUCUGCUGAUGGCUUCCAUCUUCUUCUUGUUUGCUUCGUGCUCGCCCUUGAUCUUCGUCUUCACUUGGGUGUACUUCUUCCUCGCACAGUUUGUGUACGGCUACCUCCUGCUGUUCUGCGAGAGCAAGAAGCCCGACACUGGUGGCAUUUUCUGGGUGCAGGCCAUGGAUCAGCUUUUCAUCGUGCUGGCGAUCUACGUGAUGCUUAUGGUGGGUGUCCUUCGAGCCCUCACGAAGGAGGACAUCUGGCUUGGGCCUCCUGCUGCUGCAUUUGCAUCACUGCUGGUCCUUUACAUGGCAAGGCGAGAGGUCAACAACUUGGCCUUCGAGACUCUGCCCUUGGAGGAGGUGGUCAAAGCUUUCCGGGACAGCAAGGACAGGACGGAGCAUGAGAACAUGUACAUUCAGCCUGAGUGCGACCCAAUGUUGGUGGCUGAUGAGUAA